ACUGUGAAGUGUGAAAUAGCUACCUUGCUUUCAACGUUGUAAUCUGCGAGUGGGUAAGCUCAAAGUCGUCUUGUGGGAAAUUGUUGUAAUUCUUCAAUUUUCAAUACUUUUGAACGCUCCCAGCUGAACCCAAUUCGGCAAUGAAAGAUACUAAGAAGCAAAGCACUGGAUAAUGGCUAUGGUGGGCAAGGCAAGAGAAAGUUUUCCAUUGAUGAAGCUGGUUAGGUUGAGAGGGCUGCCUAUUUUGCAGCAAUUGCAUUUAGAGGAACGAUUGCUUCGAACCAGUUCAGAUAAUUGGUGCCUUAUUAAUGAUGGAACCAAUUCCCCUGCCAUUGUAAUGGGCUUGUCUGGGAAACUUUCAGAACUUGUUGAAGUCAAGUCUGUGUUGCGAGAUCAUAUACCCAUCAUCAGAAGGUUUACCGGGGGAGGAACUGUUGUUGUUGACCAUGAUACUAUAUUUGUUACUCUGAUAUGCAAUAAAGAUGCUGUUUCAAAUGUGCAACCUUUUCCCCGCUCUAUCAUGUCGUGGAGUGGUCUAUUAUACAGUGAAGUUUUUGAAGGGCUUGCUGAUUUCCGUCUCCGUGAGAAUGGCAUAACCUGGAAGCCCAUGUAUCAUUACCCGGAUAUGAACCCGUCUACCCGGAGUCCAAAUCGUGAGCCCUUCUCAGAAUGCCGAAGUGGAGCCCAGAAUUAUGUUUUUGGUGAUCGCAAGUUUGGUGGUAAUGCUCAAUCUAUAACCAAGCAUCGGUGGAUACACCACACAUCUUUUUUAUGGGAUUAUGAUGUCAAGAACAUGUCUUAUCUCAAGUUACCUGCAAAGGCACCAAAGUACCGAUUGACGAGAGGUCACCAUGAUUUUGUUUGUCGAAUGAAGGAGUAUUUGCCAAGAUCAGAAUUUAUAGAGAGAACUAUAAAGGCAGUUGGAGCCCAGUUUUCUGUGAAAUCCAUUAGUUUGGAGUCUAUAGACAUUACCUCUGUUUCUGAAUAUGUCCAUACCACAAAGCUUCUCACAGAGCAGGAAAUUCAGGAAGCUUGUAUUAUUCAAACUUAAAAACGUAGUUACAAAGUAAUACAAAAAAAAAAACGUAAUUACAAAGGACUGGCACUAAUUUAUAAGGUAGUGUGCAGAGAGAAUUCCUCGAUGGGGGAAUUGGGGAUGCUGCUGGGGACCUUGCUUUCCCAAGUUGAGUGCUGAUGAAAUUUGACUGCUAUGUUAUGGUAUUUUGUUGUCUAAUUAUUUUUUUCUCUCGACUAUAAUUUCUUCUGACCAAAUUGUGCGUCAUUUUCUUUUGGAAGAGUAUUUCCGAUGUUUACGGUGAUAGAUAUUAUCUUUAUUUUGUUCUUAAU